GGUACUUUGUCAUUAUAUAUAUGCCAGGAAACAAGUGAGGAUUUUACCGUCUCCUAUUUAAUGCAUAAGUAAGGUGUGUGUGUGUGUGGGGGGUAAAGUCUUCGGUGCACAGAAGACACUGACAAUGAAACAAAAAUCGAAAUCUCAAUUUUCACCAAUUAUUUAUCAUUUAAAACCAGUUUUGGAGCCAAUCUCUUCACCUGAGACAACUGAACCGAAAACAUUAGAAACUGAAAGUGAAACAAUUGAUGAUACUUCAGAUACGGAAAUAAAUUCGUGUACAUUUAAAACUGAAUUCCCCAACAGUCCUGAUGCUGUUACACCAACACCAAUAGAUUGUCCACAAAUUCCACUAUCUUCAAGGUCUGAUACACUUUCAAAUGAUUCUGAUGUCAACUUAUUUGAUUUACAGCCUUUAUCUGAUAAUAACAGAAAUAAACUUGAUACACCAACAUCUAUCAAUCUAUAUGAUGAUGAAGAUCCAAACAUUCAAGGACAGAAAUGUCCCAUCAAUUCAUUAACAUCAUCUAAACAUUAUGGAAAUAUAUAUCAGGAUAACCGAACUAAUGCUAAACAUGCAACAUCUUUCACUCACGAUAAUGCAUGUUUUACAAAAGCACCAAAGAAAACCAAAAAACAGUUAAGAACAAUAGAAAUUCAAACAAUUCCCUCUGAAGUGCAACCAAAUGAAAGACAAGCAAUGAAAUACCAAAUGAAAUCGUAUGCUGUUCCGAAUGAAUCAAACCUAAAAGAAGCUAAAUUUAUCGAGAAAAAGUCAUCCCAUGGGUCUACAGGAUUAAAGUUAGACCUCAAUAUAGAUAUGACAAAUUCGAAAAGUGGUCAAAAUAAAAUUAACUGCUAUCAGUGUGUUGAAUCAAAUAGUGGCCACUGCAAAAAAUCUAAGAGUCCAUCAAAACACUGUUCAAUGAUCAAUCUGUGCGUGAAUUCAUUAACUAAUAAAAGAUUCAAUUCUAGCCUUGAUUCAAUACGGCAAACAAUCAAAGAUCAUGAAUUGAAUGAUCUACACAAUGCUACUCUCAUUUCAGAUGCUGAAGAUGAUGACGACAAGGAUGGAGUUGAUGACAGUGAAGAUUUUGUGAACCUCCCUGGAAAUAAUGAUCAAAAGUUCUUUACACGUCAUUCAGGGAAACGCAGUAGUCAGAUAAAACGUAAGGAUUUCAGACCAAGAUCAGGUAGAUGCCAGUCAGUGACCGGAUGUAAAGAUGUCGAUAACCGUCUUACAGAAAAUGGGCUAUCUAGUCAAAAUUUAGAUAGAAGUCAGAGUCAAAAUCUAAUUUGUUCACGAAACAAAGAUAAAUUACCGCCAAAGUUAAUGUACACUGAAAGAAAAGGGAAGCUGAACGGAGGUCAAUCUGAAGAUAAUGCUUCCAAUCAAAUGUAUUCGGAUCAGCAUAGAUUAGAUAAUCGAUCCAGUUGUAGACGUUCCUCUUUAAAACAAAAGUUACCAUUGGGAAAAGUGUCAUCACUCUCAAGUAAUCGGACUCAUAGUUCUCUAAAAGUAAGAAAUAAAAGCAAUGAUAGGAAUGAGUAUAAUACCACCGGUAACAGAGGCAGCAGCCACAACAUCCACCACAGUUGCCAUUAUCAUCAUCAAUCAAGACUACAAAGUCCAAAUAAUCAGAGGGCCUGCAUUGCUCAACCUGCAGUCAGAAAUGAAAGUAAUCAUAACGGACGUCAAAAUUGUGAUCGAUCAAUUCAUUCCCCAAUCAGCUAUUUUUUGGAUCUUGAUGAUAAACCAGAUUACCAUCAAGGCUACACAACUUGUCAACCAACACUUAGUCCUGUAGAAAUAAGAAAUAAUGACUUACCAACACACCGUUCUCCAUUAUAUGCAAAUAAUUUGCAUAAACCGUAUCAUUCAUCCAAUCUUCAAUAUGAAGCUAACUUAGAAGGCAGUGAACUAGACAAUAAGGCACUUCAUUCGUGUCGAAGAAAUCUGCGUCCGGUUCGUUCAAAAUCUCCGUGUUACCGACAGUCAGAUAUAUCUUCUGGAUCACUAGACAGAUUGAGAAAACGAUGUCAUUCGAUUGAAAGAGAAAUAGGAUCAGUUGAAAAAGAGAAGUUUAAGCAUAAGUUGAACAGUUCAUCAAUCAGUGAUCCAAGAGUCGAUGCUUUAACGACAGCCAAUAAAAUAUUGCACCAAAGAUUACAUGACAUACAAAAAAUACAAGAAAAUAGAGAUCAUGCAUUGAAUAAAGCUCAUGCAAUGGUGAAUGGCCUAUUGAAUAAGCAACAAAAACAGGCCUCAUUAAUACAUGAAACUACAAACAGUUUUACAGGAUCACCAUGCACUUCAUUUACAAAUAAUCAUUAUCACCACUAUGGUGGGGAAGAGGAGAAGGAGGAGGGUAUUUACACUGCAAAGGUCUAUAAACCGAUCAAUGAAGAAAAUACUUCCCACUUACCUGUUUAUACACCAACUAAAAUUGGACAUCAUCAAAAGAAGUAUUCAUCAGAUUAUUACAAUUACAAUGAAAGAGAACAUGAACGAAGGUCAUCCAGUGGUGCUGCUGGAAUUAGCAAUCACUGGAUCAAUCAACGAAAAAACACGGAUCCACGAACUCAUCCAACUCAUUUACUUUUAGAAAAACUACGUUCAGACUAUGCAGAUUUAGCUCACAGCGUUUAUCGUAUCGAAGAGAAAGCGCGAGAUGCUGCCUCUUCUGUGCAAUCCUUAUUAAGACAAUUUCAAAUGGGUAUCGUCGAUACGCUUGAUCCGAUUUCUGUGAAUCACAUCUCCAACAAUCAUAUAAGUGAGUCCUUUGAAAAAGUGCCACAUCCUAACGAUUUGUUUGAUAAGUCUGUGACGUUUAGAUUGCAAAAGGCUAGAAAUACACUAGACCAAUUGAAAGCUGACCCAGUUCGACCUACACUGAAUCGCUGCAGACAAUCAGAUUAUACUCUUCCAUUAACCGGAACAACUUCAACAGUGUCACCAACAGCUAUAGGAAAUCCAAUGAUGACCUCAACAUCAGCAUCAGUCUCCGGUAUAAAAUCAUCCAACUUGAAUAUGCAUAAUGAUGAUGAAGUAUAUAUGAGGUAUUCGGAUCAGUACAAUCGCCCCUAUACUAAUUCACUUAGAUCAACAUGGCAUGUUAGCUGAGAUACUGACAAAUUAUCUUGACAAAAUUGUCUUCAAAGUAAAGCAAAUCAGUUAACAUUGCCAGAGAAAUGAACUCUUUAGUUCGACAAUUAAAAUCCAGGUAUAUUGAAGAAAGCAAGUGAUCAAAACUACACUUUCCAACGCUUCUUUUGAUAAUUUUCAUUUUUAUGAAUUCUUAACAAAAUUAUAUUUUUUUUAGAAUGUUAAAUAAUUAACAACAAAAUGUUUUCCUUCAUUUUUAAAUGUUUGUCUUUAUUGUGUUUUUUUUUGUGUGACCUACACAUUUAUCUGUGGUUUUAAACAUUUUGUAUCGCUUUAAAAUUAGAAAACAAUUUAUUAGAGAUGUAAUCAUUUCUCACUAUGGUAAGAUUUUGUUCAGACGUUCUAAAGAAAAGAGUAGUAAUAGAGUCAUUUUUAUAUUAUUCCACUUACAUCUCAGAACUAGACGUGGACACAGAGUAGUUGAGUUUUAACUUUUUUUAAAGAAAUAUUUUCACUGCUAGAUUUUUCUAAUUUUCAACUUCUUCCACCUAGUCUGUUUACCAUUACUAACACUUUUGUUACACAUGUAAUCAUAAGUGACGAUAAAUUUCAUUGUGACUCUCUUUUCUUGAAUAAUGAACCACUUCAUUUUUAUUAUGUUGUGCAGUUUUCGAGUUGAGCCGACACCUUGAUAUAAUAAAUAAAGUUAGUAAAUAUCUUUG